AUGCGUCCUCACUCCCAUGGGGCCAAGUACGUCGGAAGCGUCCAUUGGGCGGCCGUACUGGACAGCAUUUCUGAUCUCAAGGACCACUAUGAAGCGGAAGAGGAGGCGAGGAUGCUAGCAACCGUUGAUGAUUUACCAUACGGCACCAGCAGCAGCAGUAGUCCCAAUCCUCGUCUAUUGUACCAACCGGUCCAAGCAACAAAAGCUGAUAUUCUAGCCUCAAUACCGGCUCGUCCUGCGGUGGACCGCAUGGUGGCACGAUACUUCAAUGCCCAAAACAAUGCGCCACUACCCGUGCUUCAUAGCAGCCACUUUCUCCGACAGUACGAGAGCUUCUGGCAGGACCCGAAUGCGGCGUCAAUGUUAUGGAUUGGCGUCUUAUUCAGCAUUAUGGCUCUCUCGAUGCAAUUACAGCAUUUGAUAGAGGACCCUCCAGAUCCUGAAACUUUGGCUCGCAUCCAUAUGUUUCGUGAGCGGACUAUCCACUGUCUUAUUCUAGGUCAAUUCACCUGGGGAAAAGAGUACGUGCUAGAGACCAUGAUCAACUACGUCGCCCUCGAGAUGCUUCUGUGUAAGGACGCUGAUAUUGGGCUGUGGCUUGUAUUGGGCAUACUUGUACAGCUCGCUCUAAGUUUGGGAUACCAUCGGGACGCUAGAAACUUUUCCAACGUAUCUCCAUUUGCCGGUGAGAUGAGACGGCGUGUCUGGGCUGUUAUCAUGCAAAUGGACCUACGGCUCUCAAGCCAGAUGGGCCUUCCGCGCCUCCUCAAAUUACAUCAAUGCGAUACCACCGAGCCUCGUAAUCUUCUAGAUACGGACUUCGACGAAUUUACCACUGAGCUGCCUCCAUCACGACCCGAGACCGAGGAAACACCCGUGCUCUAUAUCCUGGCGAAAAACCGAAUCGAUCAUAUAAGCGGACUCGUAAGUGACCUUCUCGCUAACACGCGUGAGCACUCAUAUGAAGAAGUCAUGGAGCUAGAUGGCAAAUUACAAGAGGCAGAAUCAUCAUUACCACCUAUCUUUCGAUGGCAGCCUCUUAGCCAAUCGUUUAUGGUACCACCACAAAUCGUUAUGCAUCGUGUGUGGCUCCAACUCGCAGUGCCACGGCUAACAAUUUGGCUCCACCGAAAGUAUCUUGCGGAAUACAAGUACUCGCAGGAUGCCUGCGUUCAGGCUGCUAUCAAGAUCCUCGAGUUCCAACAACUGUUAGACGAGGAAACGCGGCCAGAUGGUCUAUUGUAUCCGGUGCGUUGGAUGAUGACCACCUCUCUCGGGCAUUUCGUCUUCCUGCUAGGUAUGAGCAUACUCUGUUACUAUGUGCAACUGGCCAAAAUCAGACCCGACAUCUCUUUGAAUGAGGAAACAGGCACCAAGAUAUAUAAUCUACUGCGCAGUACCUAUCCUAUCUGGCUGCGAUCGAGCACAGUGUCUCGGGAGGCUCGACAGGCGGCCGAGCAUCUGAGUCUCCUGCUAGGACUACAGGGACGAAAGGAAGGCGGAAUUCAGGCUGCAGAAGAGGCUGUAGAUGGAUAUCACAAUGUCAUUCGAUCAGGUUACUUGGGACUCUUAUCAAGGUAA